ACAGAAAUGAGUUCGCAAAUCCGACAAAACUUCCACCAGGACUGCGAGGCUGCCGUUAACAGGCAGAUCAACCUGGAGCUGUAUGCCUCUUAUGUGUAUCUCUCUAUGGCAUACUAUUUUGAUAGGGAUGAUAAAUCCCUACCAAAUUUUGUCAAGUUCUUCCAUACACAGUCCAAAGAGGAGCAUAAGCAUGCAGAGAAGAUGAUGAGUCUGCAGAGCAAGCGGGGAGGCAGUAUUUUUCUGCAGGACAUUAAGAAACCUGAUAGAGAUGAGUGGGGGAGCGCCCUGGAGGCUUUGGAGUGUUGCUUGCAGCUUGAGAAAAGUGUAAACCAAUCCCUGCUGGACCUGCAGAAAAUGGCAACUGAACACAAUGACCCUCAUUUGUGUGACUUCAUAGAAACCCAUUUUCUGGAAGAACAGGUCAAAUCUAUAAAACAGCUUGCGGACUGGAUAUCCAACCUGCGUCACAUGGGAGCCCCUCAGAGUGGCAUGGCGGAGUACCUCUUUGACAAACACACUAUGGCUGACGAGGGCAGUUAA